AUGAGCUUGGAGUGCGUUGGAGUGGGGAAGGCGGGGGCGGGGGAGGGGGGCGGGGCGACCAAAGAGGAAGGGUUUGUUGGGGGCAUGUCGCCGGAAGAGCAGGCCAAAUUCGCGCUCGACACCCUCGAGCAAGUGCGCACCAAGGUCGACUCCUGGCUGACUUGGGAAACCGCUUAUCUGCAAGACGCGGGCCUCGUAUACGACGGCAGCUCCUCGCGCACUCGCCCGUCUAGUUACUCCGCCGGAAUAAGCGACGACCGACACUCGACCUACAGCGAUCCGGCUCCGGCGGUUCGGGCGGCGGAACCGAGCGCCGGAGGACCGCCGGCCGCCGACGCGCCGCAAGACCCGGGCGACGUUCCCGCCGCGCCUGACGUAGUGCUGACGUCAGCUCCCGGCGACCCAGCGCUGGUGACGGCCAGCACCCACCGGGGACUCCUACCGAGCGGAGUGCGCGAUCUGGCGCCGGCUUUUGUGAAGCUUGGCGGACCGGCCGACCGGCCCGUUGACUCCCCCACGAACCCGGGGCACGGGAAAGACGCGCGGAGGCCGCUGGGGAAACUAGACCUGGCGUCAAAACAGCGCGCGGAUGCGGUAACGGUGGCGCGGCUCAAGGCGGAGGAGACGAUUGCGUCGGCGGCCAUGCAGGCGGUGCGCGGGCGUGCGGAGAACUACCGGGUGGACGUGGGGCAGGAGGCGUUCGAGGACCCGGUCAAGGGUUUGGAGGCCAUCAUGGAGUGGCUGCGCGCGAACCGCGACAGCCUGCGCGCGCACACGGGCGAGCUGGACUACGACAUGAGCGGGACCAUCUCCACCGACGAGCUCCUCGAGCUCUUCCGCAAGGUUAAGUUCGAGCCGACCCCCGCCGAGCUGCGCAGCCUGCUGUGGAAGCUGGAUCGUGACGGCAGCGGCAGCGUCACAAUUGACGAGUUGCUCGACAGCAGUGACGACGAGGAUCACGCCGCCGUGUUCCGCCAAACCGCGCUCGCGCCGGUCUUCAGCCGGGAGGAGCUCAAGGCCCGGACCGAAAAGAUGGCGCGCAACCAGCAGCACACACUGCAGCGCCCGAACACGUCGGACGGAUUCCUGUCGGCGGAACAGACUCAACUAGUCCUCCAAAAGCUGCGAGCAAUCAAUGUGACCAAUCCCCUGGCUUCGGCCACUAGCGGGCCGCCACGUGGACCACCGUCGAGCUCGGGAUCCGCUCUUGCAAGUAGCGGCAGCACGUCGUCUCGGACCGGAAUCCUAAAGAUGAGCACUAUGAAUCGGCCCAGGAGUGUGCGGAACGGGACCGGAACCGGAACGGGCAAGGCGGGCGCUAUUCGGGGGACGAGCUCCAGCGAGACAACGCCGAGGCACGCGAGCUUCAAAGCGGGGGGUGGGGAUACCCGCGGAAACUACCCCGCCGCAGAGGACCUGAAGCGGCGGCCCGAUAGCGCACCGAUUCGCGGGGGCGACGAGAGAGUGAAAGCGAAGAAAGAGGAGACGCGGAAAAGUAGGAUAGCGUUUGUCGAUCUCCCCCCCGAAAACGAAGAAAACAGAGGAACGGGCGGGAUGACGUCCCGGCCUACGUCAGCUGGCCGAGGGAAAGUGUCGGGGAGUGUGAGCCUGAGCCGGCCGCUGUCGAGCUCGGGACACAGGUUGCGGUGACGUAACGCAAGCGCGUGCGCGCUGACUGAGGUGACGUAGGGCGCGAGCGCGCGUGCGGAGAGAGACCGAGUAAACUGAUAAAAAAACGGUAAAUCGAGUUUGAGAAAAGGUUCUCGGAGGUAACGUAACGAGUUCUUGUGUUCAAACUUUGUAAAAGCGCGAGGUGAAAGGAUCUAUGUACUCAGAAUUGACUUGUUUGUGGACGAAGUGACUUAGGAGUCAGGUAUCAAGGUAUAGAUUAACUGAGAGUUUUGGGUCUCUUGCAAAGCGAGAGCCCUCGGAUCAAGGUGCGGAUCUCGAUCAAUGCUGCGCAUGCGGCAGCAGAGUGGAAUGUCUCGCUCGAUUAAAUAGGCCUUUUCACAGAUCGCAAUGCAAAUCUGCUUAUAUUUGAGGGACAUACUCAAUCAACGUUUCGAAAGUAGCUGUGGCC